AUGUUCAGAAAACAUCAAAAAGAAUGCGAAACAAAACUGGGAGAACCGAAGGACAUGAUACAAAAAAUGCUGAAAGGUGAGGAUUUGGGCGACAUGGAAAAGGCUGGAAAAAUGGCGUUGUGCGUCAACAUGGCAAUAGGUCAUAUGAACGAAAACGGAGAAUUGAUACCUGAUAAAUUCAAGGAACACGUGGAUAACCUCAUGGAGAAUAUGGUCGAAAAUAUGCGAAAGAGGAUAAGAGAUGAAUGUGGCAAGAAGCACGAAUUCCAAGUCUUGAAAAGGAGCCAAAUAGAAUGCGAAAAAUUACUAGUAGAACCUAAAAAUCUCCUUGAAAACUUGGUAGGCGGCAAAGACCUGGGUGACUUAGAGAAAGCGGGAAAAAUGGCUUUGUGCAUAAACGUCCGUUUGGGUCAUAUGAAGGAAGACGGAGAAAUAAUAAGCGAUAAAUACAAAGUUCACGUAGAAAAGCUCACCGCAGACGAGAACGAACGUAAAGCGAUACUGGAACAGUGCGGGCACAAGAAUGGAAAGAACCCAGCAGAAGCUGCAUUAAAUUACGGAUACUGCAUGAAGAAAAAUCUUCCUACAUUAAAACCUAUACAUUUCCAAUUGGAUGACACUAUCUCUUUGCUUUGA